CGCGCGGGACACGUCGCGGGGUGCGGUUGCUUCGUCGUGGUGUUCGUCACGCGGUGGUACGUGCGUGCGUGCGUGCGGGCGUGCGUGCGUGCGUGCGAAGGGGGCAGGAGACGACGACGACGACCCUAUCUGUGCCUUUCGCACGGGGGUGGUGUGGACGAUGUGCGCGUGCCGAUAACGAUAAGGCCGCUGCAGGGAUGUGCCUAGCGGGGGGCACUCGAGCCCUCCUGCUCCUGGCGCUCGUGCUGUGCCAGCGUGCCGGCCACGUCGAUGGCAAGAAUGACAACUACCAGAUGAGCGACGUCUGCAAGAAGUACUUCCUGCGGGAUCUCUACAGGAAGAUAGACGGCGCCGUUCUUACCUCGCAAAAUGAGAGGGACCUCGAUUGCGCCAUUACUUUCCAGACUCACAGCAUCCUCCAGCGGUUUAUGCUCCGAUUCGAUCAGCUGCAGUUAGACUGCAACGACCAUCUCUACAUCUACGAUGGCGCGCACGCGGUCGGUAGUUACAAGGCGGACCUAUCCUGCAGAAACACGAAGCAGACCGUGGGCGCGAUUUACACGCGCACAAACUUCGUGACGUUGAAAUACGUCACCGACGCCUGGGGCACCAACUCGAAUGGCUUCCGCCUCGUCAUCACGGCCGUCAAGGAUCCGAAGCACACCUGCAAAGAUUUUCGAUGCACUCAGAAUGAAUUCUGCAUCGAGACGGAUUUACUUUGUGACGGUGUGAAUCACUGUGGCGAUGGAUCUGAUGAGGCCACUUCCACCCUCUGUGCCAAUUCCGAGGCAUCGACGAUCCUAGGCAUGCAGACUACUUGGUUCGCCAUCGCCCUUGUUUUUCUGAUACUCAGCCUGGGCGGCCUGGUAACGGCGGCGGUUCUCUGCUUUUGCAGGCAGCGUGUUCCUACCCCGAGGCACCCCCAUAACGCGCACAAUGCUCAGUCUCAUCCCCCAGUCAGCUUCCCAUGGAUUCCAAGCUCGUCGAGGCUCGUCCAGUACGUGCCGUUCGUCUGCCGCCGAGUUUCGCCCGCGACGAUCGACCAGUCGUUGCACCGACCAGUUCCCGCUAGACGGUCGCCUGGAAUCACUCGCAGACGAAUCUUCGUGCGAUAUCACGGCCAAGGUGGAGCUACCGGCGGACCUAAGAUGACGAUCGCCAACCAGGCUGGUAGUCCACCAACCUGGAGGAUUUUCACGAUUCUUCUAUUAGUCUGCGAGUUCGCCGCGGCCGCGAACACACAGACGUUCGUCGUGAGCAAUACCGUUGACAAUCAGAUCGGUAGAGACUUCUUCGUGGGGCCGUGCCUGGUGAACACCAAUCAGACCUGUCCCGACGAAGAAGUGACGUUCUUUCUCUAUACCAAACAUAAUCCAGGAGAGGGGCAGCAAUUACUUGUCAACGGCACCAGCUCGAAUCUCGCCGAUACCAACUUCGUGGCAGCGUUUCCCACGAAGAUCAUCGUGCACGGUUACAAUUCGGACAUGCAACUAGGUCACUUGGUGGAUAUUAGGAACGAGUAUCUGAAGAGGGGCAGCUACAAUCUCAUAGCGAUUGACUGGCAUCGUUUGGCGACAGCACCGUGCUACCCCGUGGCCGUCCACAAUGUGCCUCACGUGGGCGACUGUCUGGCACAGCUGGUCGACCGUCUGAGGGACUACGGCGCCAAGGACAUCCACGUGAUCGGCUUCAGUCUGGGCGCCCAUGUACCGGCUUUCGCAGCCAACGCGCUGCAACCGUACAAGCUUGCGAGGAUCACCGGUCUUGACCCGGCUAUGCCGCUCUUCGUCACCGUCGGCAAGAACGAGAAGCUCGACGCCAGCGACGCCGAAUUCGUCGACGUGUUGCACACAAAUGCCUUCAUUCAGGGCAAGAUCGAGCCGAGCGGUCAUAUCGACUUUUACAUGAACGGCGGAGUCAAUCAGCCUGGUUGCUGGCAGCAAGGGAAUCCUUUCGGGUGCAACCACCACAGAGCGGCGGAGUACUUCGCCGAGUCGAUCAACACGAAAGUCGGUUUCUGGGGCUGGCCCUGUUCUGGUUUCGUAGCGUAUCUUCUGGGUCUCUGCCCGCCCAGAUUUCCCGCGGUGCUGAUGGGCGAGGACGUCGAUAGGAAAUAUCGGGGUUUUCAUCUGGUGAAGACGAGGGCGCAUAGCCCGUACGCGGAUGGAAUGUUCACGGUGGAGGAUUUUUACCAGCAGAAUCUCUAUCAGUGAUCGCGACAAUAUCUUGCACCAACAUUUUCUUUUGAAUACGGAGAAAAUGCUACGACAGACUCCGUAUAAAUUGAUGAAACGUGAGGCAAGGGAUAUAUUAUUGCAAAAACGUAAAAGAUUUUUCGCGUUAACACCACCUCACGUGUCGGCGAGAUUGAGACAUCUCGAUAGUGCCAAGUAUUUUGUCGUAAAAAUACUACGCGUAUAAGUCACUCAACCGCGGAGAACUCCGAUUAGAAUACAUUCAAAGACAAGUAUCAGUAGAGGAACCCGGGGCAUAACGGGAACGCUAAGGUUAAAAUUAAUUUUAAACAAAAUGAAAAUACAUAAAUGAA